UCCCUCCCUCCCUCCCUCGAGAAGCCCCGCCCAGUGAGCUGGAGGGAGGCAGAGGCGCGUGCGCCUACCGGUGUGGCGCGCGCUCAGCUUCGGGCUGGGAGCGGAGCGUUGGCCGUUCGCAGGCACUACUCAUUCUGUGCCCCUUUCAGCUGUUUUGCUUUGGGAGCAGACACAAAAUGGUUGCCAAUCCAGCUGACUAAAAGGAUAGCACGAUGGGAAGCGGGGGCAAAGGCAAGGGCAAGGGCAAAGGCAAGGGCAAAGGCAAAGGUGGGAAGAAAUCCAAAAAGGCUGCCAACGAGGUGGACAUCCUGAGCCCAGCGGCCAUGCUGAAUGUCUACUACAUUGCCCACAAUGCUGCUGCCUGCUUGGAGUAUCGUGGCUUCCCGUGGCCCGGCUCUCCGAAAAAGAAAGGGAAGAAGCGGAAGUAGGACACCAACACUGGGAAUGCUGCAGGUCUGGGGAGAGAUGAAGAGCCCCUUCACAGGGGAGGAGGACUUUGGUGGGACCAGAACCAAGCGCCAUCCAUCCACUCAGGUUUCUUGCUUUGCCAUCGUCACCGUUGCGGCCAGGAGGGAAAGCCUCUGCUUCCAGCUGUGUUAAGGAAGUAAACCUAGUUGCUUUGAGAUGCCUCUUGUGGCACUGCAGUGUAUGCUUCGUUGCCACAGGAAAUGGCCUGCAGAACCCUCCAGCCCUGAGUCCAGUGCCUUAUACACCAGGUGUGGGGAGGGCAGCCGGGAUUAGCUUUGCACUGAGUGUUUGUGGUGCUUCUGUAGCAUGCAUGUCCCUUGUGAAAGUGCCGCUGCUGCUGCUGCUGCUGCUGCUGCUGCUGCUGCUGCUGCUGCUGCUGCUGGUGGUAGUUCUCCGUAGUUUAAACCAAGCAGCAGGUACUGCUCAUGGGUAGGGAUGUGCACAAAAGGUGAUUCAGAGUCCGAAUCGUGGCACACCCCUUUAAAAUGAAGGGAUUACACAUCCUUUUUAACAUGGAGGAGAGCAGGUCCAUACCUACUCCUCCACUGCACACCACCACUUCUGAAAUCACAGCGCGCCCCACAACUAUCUGCGUGCACCGGCGGUGCUCUCCCCCAGCUGCCUCCAUGCAGCACCGGCACGCACAUGGUCUCUGCGCAUGCCAGUGUUGUGUGGGGGCAGCUGGGGGAGCGCUGUGAUUAUGGAAGUGGCGGAGGGGCAGAUAUGGACCUGCUCUGCUCCGUGUUAAAGGGGAUGUGUGAUCCCUCCAUUUUGAAGGGAUGCGCUGCGAUUCCAAAUCGUGUUUCAUGCACACCCCUACUCAUGGGCCUUGCAGGACCCAGGACAUAGAGAGUUUUCUCUCCAAAGCUAAGUAGCUGUGCGAAAGCUAAGCAGCCAGCCCAAGUAUAACGGCAGUUCAACCACCACCACCACCCCGGGGCAGCUUGAUUCAAGGGGCACCACCAUGCUGAGAGCUGUGCUGGGGCCAGCCUCUCACACUGCUUCCCACACAGCUGGCUUCUUGAGAGCAAGUCCUAGAGCCCUUUGGGACACCCUCGAGGAUUUGAGGGCACAGGCUAGGAGGCAAGAAAGAAAAGAAAACUGAUGCCCGUCAGAGCCAGUUGCAGUCACCAGCAUUUUGCCCUGAGCAGGCUCACUGCACGGGUGAAGAAGCAAGCCAGUAUACUGUGUAACAGGUGAGUGCUGGGAAUGCUUCCAUGGCCACAUGGAGGAGAGGGGUGAUCUUCCGCAGUCUCCCCUCGCCGCUCUCAAAUAUAUGCUCCUUAUGCUGUUCUUUAUCCUUCGGGACAUACUUUAGGGGGCACUGGCAGCUGCAGAGGAAAGGGUGGGUGGUGGCGGCGGCCAAAAAUCACCCCACCCCUCCCCUCCUUGUGCAUCCAGAAGCAUUGCUCGUUCAUGACUGUUAGUAUGUUGGGCUAGAUCCAGGAUCAUUAUUGGACCAUUAACCUUCUUGAGAAUUCCAGACGGGGGGGGGGUCUUUACCAGAUAGAGACGUAACAUUCUCUGUGACUUGGCUGGUUAAGGAAAGCAAAGCCACAUGCCCAGGACCGGUCAGUGUGUGCUUGGACCAUCAAGGAUUAGAUGUUGGAAGCUGAAUUUGCCCCAUAGGAAAAAGGAAAUCAGCUGGCCACUGUGCCAGGAUUUCCCUUGGAUGGGAUAUGAAGCAGGGUGUGUAUGUGUGGGUUGCCUGAUUGGCUCAGGGGUUGUCUCAACAGAUUUCCAGGAGUUCAGGCUUGAAACAGUCAUCCCAGCAGAGAGGAUUUCGCACCUGUCUGAGCUGCAGGGUAAUGGGCCACAAAGACUCAGGGAUGGGGGUUGCGGGGAGGGAAUUGUGCCAACCUGGAAUCGCAAGCAUGCCAGGAAGUGCCCCUCUGUACUUGCCAAGGCUCACUCAGGCCAGCCAAAGCAGAGGUGGCCCCUUCCUCUUCAGGGGUGGGACUUUGCAGGCCUGGUUUUCUGGGGCCAUCUCCUGGGGCAGCCUCUGUCCCUACAGCUGUGUUCUAAUAACAUGCCACUCAGGAAAUCAGCAGAAGAGCCCAGAGGUUCAGAGAGGGAGAAGUGGCCUAGCCUUGCCUUCUUCCUCUCCCCUCACUUUCUGCCAGGGAUAGCAGGUGCUGGCUGACAAGUGUGUUUUGUGCCUUUUUGAUGGAGAGGAUGUUGUAAGGGGCAUUCGGCAAGUGGGCACUCUUUGUAGCUAGCAGAUCUGGUCCACUUCCCAGUUCCACCCCUCUUUGCUGUUAAGCAUGCCCUCCUAUAUACAGUGCAUACGUUCAGAAAUAUCUUUGGAGGCCAGGUCGAGGUGGAUGGUACCAUUAGGGUCCAAAUAGGUUUUGACACGUUAAAACAACAACAAAGCUGGUGCUGUAUAGACUCGUGUAAGGUUGUCCAACUAGAAGCCUGCAGACUUACCUGCACUUUCCUCAGUGGCUGCCAAGAGCUGCCAAUGUGAGGCCCGAAGGGUGCUGUAAAUGUGUUCCAGUCCAGGCAUAGGUGCCUAGCAUGCAUCGUAACUCCCUUAUGGGCAUACGCAGAUUGGAAAAGAGGCUCAUGCCACCCUUCCUACGUUGGCCAUAAUCCAACCUGCAAUUAUGUGAGUCUUCCCCAUUGAAAUCAGUGGAGCGAAUGCGUGCCCAACUCUGUGCUGGAUUGUGGCCAUUAGGAGUCUCACUUUUCCUGUCCCCGUCUUGAGGAAAGUAGUCUGUAGGUCUCCAGGGCUCUAUUGAACAAUUCCUUAUGUACUGUGAAUUGUUCACAAGACGUUUUGCAUCUUUAGAAAAUGUUUUCUUAUUAAUGGCUCAGAAUUAUGUUCUCAUACAAGUGUUUGGUCUGCACAUGGAUUAACAGUGUGGACAACACAAGCCUCGGCCUUCUGGCGCGUAUCCUGGCUUACUAGCUCCGAUUGAUCGGGAGCUUGAGUGGGAACGGGGAAGAGCUAGAAACACUGCAGUUUGCUGAUAGGAACUUGGGAGUUGCUGGGCAUCAUUUGUCCUUGUUAAUUGUUGCCUGAAAGAGGUGUGGCUGGAAAGGAAAGUAUUGACAUAUAGAAGUAAGAUUAACAAAGUGGCCCAACAGCAAAUACUAGAGUUGACCCUAGAAGAUGGGAGACACAAGUGGACCAGGACAAAAAGGAAACGGAAAGGCAGGUUUCUUAGGGAGGGUGGGAGAGGAAGCAUUCCCUUAUUCACAGAUCUGGGUGUCAAUAAGAAGACAUAUUAGGCUGGUUCACACAAUCCUCAAUGGGGUAGGAGAGGCAUCCUACCCAAGUUUGGGAGCUGUGUGCGGUCCCACUUGCCAGUCGUCUGUGAGUAAAAAGCCAGGGAGGAAGGGGUUGUCUCCUGAGCAGCAAGUGGGCUGGAGGGCUUUUCCUCCUACCCAGCAACUCUACCCUGCUCUUUAGCAAGAUAGGACUCCAAGCCCUCCGACUCAGCUGUCGCUUAGCAGACAAUCCCUUCCUCCCCCUGGCUUUUUAUUAUCGGAGGUCAGGAAUGCACACCGCUCCCCUACAUAGGUAGGCUGCGUCUCCUACCCUAAUUAGCAUUGUGAGAACAGCCCUUUUGGCUUUCCAAAGCAGCAGAUGGGCUUAUCACCUUGAUAGAUUAGAUGGGUCCUGUAUUCCUGAAGUAUUUCCUUUCCCCAUCUUGGCUGGGGAUAUUUAACUACAGGAAAGGAGUGUGCUAAACCUGUCCUCCCAUUGUACCCAGACAAGCUCCUGUCUGAAUCCACGCACUGCAGACCGGACACAGCAUGCCUACGGACUGGACUCCGGUCCCCGCAGCAUGGCUACUCUGUUGAAAGGCACCGCAGAGAGUCAGGGGUUGGCCCCUCGCUUGGCCCCUUUCAGGGACUUCACCCUUGUCAGCAACACAUUCCCCUGCUGAGGAGAAUGAGCCUGUUUGGGUUUGGGAUUAAGCAGAACCUGCAUGGCUCCCCGUUUGUUUCCUUUGCUCUGUUUGCAUGCUCCCGCCCCUUGCCAAAUCUCACAAAGCUUUUGCCCAGCAUGCAACUGAUGUGUACGUGGUUUCAUCUGCAGAGGCCAAAAAUGGCCAACUCUUUGUCCAGGGCUGUAAUCGGCAAGGUAUUUAUUCUGCUGUGGUCCUAAGGCAGCGGUCCUCAACCUUUGAUCCCCAGAUCUUAUUGGACUACAGCACCCAUCACCCCCAGCAGGCAAUGAUGGGAGUUGUAGUCCAACUACAACUGGAGAUCCAAGGUUGGGAACCCCUGUCCGACAGCAAUGAGUUAUUUGGUUUCAGGCCUCAUGACCAUGCAGAGCCGCAAUGAUUUUGAACCUGCUUCAAAACGAUGAAAUGGAUAUGGUAGAAGCAAAAUGUAAAAGAGGAACAUUGGUGGAAUUGUUAUUAUUUGUUAGCUUGUUUAAUGUCCAAAUCUUAGAUUUGAUUAGUUGUAUAACUAUUUGUAGAUAAUAAAACUUCACUCAGAAGUGUCCCUUCCA